CAGCCAAUAAUUUAUUUCUAGAGAUAAAGGAAUCAUCCAGCUUAGUUUGUUUACAGGCUGGAGGUGUUACCUCUUCUGCCUCUCAUUCUCUUUUACUUUUACCCAUUGCUGAAUCAAGAGCUCAUAGUGCUCCUUUUAAGUCUUCUGUGUAGGAAGUUAACACUGAUUAAAAAUACUGCUUGCUGAACAAAACAAAGUCUGCCACAACUCACCAAGUUGUCCCAAGUUGUUCCUUCCAAUAAGGGAGUCAGCCACUGAAGCUAAGAAGGUGAACUGAAGAUGUGGCUAGCUCUUGUUUUUAUGUUCUUGCUUUAUGGCUCUGUGUCUGGUCUGGAUGGAGAGAUAGACCCUGAAGUUUCUAUGACUGUGAAAGAGAUCAUCAAUUACUGGGGAUAUCCCUUUGAGGAGUAUGAAAUUGUGACAGACGACGGUUAUAUUCUCACCAUACACAGAAUUCCAUAUGGCAGAGUCAACCGUACAAGCCCAAAUCCAUCACCAGUGUAUUUGCAGCAUGGUGUGCUUGUAGAUUCUUCUACCUGGGUCAGCAACCUUCCCGAGAACAGUCUGGGUUUCAUGUUAGCAGAUUCUGGAUUCGAUGUUUGGAUGGGAAACAGUCGAGGGAACUUCUGGUCCAGAAAACAUGUGUCUCUUUCAGUAGAUGACGUCAAAUACUGGGAAUUCAGUUAUGAUCAUAUGGCUAAAUAUGAUCUUCCAGCAAGUAUCAAUUUUAUUCUACAGAAAACUGGGCAACAAAAAUUACAUUAUGUUGCCCAUUCACAAGGAACCACCAUAGGUUUUAUAUGUUUUUCUACCAUGCCUCAAUGGGCUGAAAAAAUCAAGGUAUUCUCAGCCUUGGCUCCUGUAGCCACAGUGAAACAUGCCAAAACUCCAGCAGCCAGGUUUGCAUAUGUUCCCGAGUUAACGGUCAAGCUCAUCUUUGGCAAAAAAGAAUUUUUGCCCACUAAGAAUAUCACUGAUUAUCUUGCUGCUCAUGUUUGCAACCAGGACUUAGGCUCAAAACUUUGCAGUAACAUCCUGUUCCUACUGUGUGGAUAUAAUGUGAAUAACUUAAAUAUGAGCCGACUAGAUGUGUAUCUAUCACAUGUCCCGUCUGGAACAUCUGUACAAAAUAUGAUCCAUUGGAAACAGGCAGUCAUAUAUGGUAAACUCCAAGCUUAUGACUAUGGGCAGAUAGGAAACCUGCUUCAUUAUAAUCAGAUUCAGCCUCCUGAAUACAAUAUAGCAAACAUGAAUGUGCCAGCUGCAAUAUGGGAGGGUGGAAAUGAUUGGCUUUCUAAUCCUGCUGAUAAUGCCUUGUUAUUCCCCAAAAUCAAAAGAUUAAUUCUUCGCAAGAUCAUUGAAAAUUGGAAUCAUUUAGAUUUUUUGUAUGGUCUUGAUGCCCCUAAUCAAUUGUACCAUGACUUGCUUAAUGUCUUAAAGCAGAAUCCUUGAGAGACUUUGUCAUUCUGAUCAGGUUGCUCAUCUAUGGCUUUUCUUGCCUGUUUGAUUUCUUUUUUAAAAACAUCUGAUUUCUUUAAAAAGUACUCUAUGAAAGUUAUGAAUGCUGGCUGUUACAUUCAGACUACAAUACCAAUAAAUUGUUAUUCAUCACCAUCAUCUGUCAAAUGCUCUCAUUAUUGGGGUGUAUGUAAAUACCACCCUUUUAUAUUACUGUUUUAAUUAACUAUUUUAAUGUUGUGCUAUUUUUAUUAACAAUGUUAACUCUGUAAUUUUGUAGUAUUCCCUCUAUGCUGG